GUACCCUACAGCAAGCUGCUGAUCAACUGUGCUGACAACGAACAAGUCGCCCAAACGUAAAUGCCCUAUUUCUCCUUGAUCGGCUCGGAAUAGACGGGUUAGUAGCAAAUCUCUUCGCGACACGUCGCUCGGGAAGCCGUUGAAGGCCCUUCAUCUCGGUUGAAGUUCGCGCGAUUGUUCACUGCCUUCCCCAAGCGGAAGGCCUUGAAUGCCCGGAGAAUGCCGCAAGAGUCGAACUGCGCCACAAAAGCAGGUUCCCUCCCCCCAACCGCCUGCGGUCGCGCCCUGGUCGUCGCGUCUCCGUGAUGUCGCACCAUCUCUUUUUGUUGUCGCCGUCCGAUACGCCGCUCUAUAGUCGGAUGAUCAAGCAGACGAAGCCCGCAGCGAGCGUAUCGUCACCCCUGUCGGCGAAUUUGCCAUCUUGGUCGACUUCUGCGUUCGCGGGCACGCUCACUGCGUUGUCGGGCGCGUCGGGCGCGGCGCACCACACGUCCGGCGGGGGCAUGCGCAUGGGCGGCGGGCAGGACCCGCACGUCAUCCAGAUGAUCGCGAACGCGAGCCUGGACGUGGUGGAGGACGUGAUGCGCAAGGAGGGCGCGAUGUACUUGAAGUCGGUAGACAAAUUCAACGAGUGGACGGUGUCUGCCUUUAUCACGCCUGGGAAUAUGAAAUUCAUCUUACUGCACGAAGGAAAGAACGACGAUGGGAUAAGAGCGUUCUUCACAGAGAUCUGGGAGUUGUAUGUGAAGACGAUGUUGAAUCCUUUCCAUACGGCGCACACGCCUAUUCGGAGCACAGUAUUUGAUGCGAGAGUGCAAGCCAGCGCAAAGAAAUGGUUGUGAUGGGCUUCCCGAUUCGUCGAAGCAGGCAAUCGACGGAAUGACAGUCGGACUGGGUCGAGGGCUUCUUGUCAUGACAUAGCGCGUCCCCCUGCUGUGUUCUUUGAGGCGUAUGUAGCACCAGAAUGCAAUGGACAAAGGGAAAGCAGAGAAGAGCCACCCAUUGGUUGCUCUGCGCGUGACACA